AUGGCGGAAGCACAAAGCCAAAACGAAAUUCAAAAUGCCAAAGAUUUACGUGACGAAACGGUAUCCGAUGUUCCUCAAGUUGUUUUAACACAAAACGAAAAUGUUGUCAAUGAGCAACAAUUUGACAUUGAUCAACGAAAUGAUCCCGAACAAGAGAUUGACCAAAACGAACAAAGAGAGAACCAACCGAAACGUACAUUAUUUAUAGAAGUGAGUCAAAGCACGAAAGAGCCGUGUAAAAACAUCCAAAUAGAUAACAUAGAUUUCAACAAAACGACAAUUUUGAGUGUUAAAAAAGCCCUUCACAAAUAUCAUUCCCUUCAUCCUCGAAUUCAAGACAUUCAACUCACUCUAAAUUCCAAUGAAAACAUGCCCCCAUUAUUAGAUGAUCAACUCUUGUCAUCGGUUGGGGAUUUUGAUAAAUUGUAUGCCAAAUUUUGUAUAUCAGAAAUCAAUCUUAUGUAUAAAAAGUUGUAUGACACAUACCUUUCUGGAAUGUUUGAUUUCAUUUACAAAUAUAUUCUUAACUAUACUUCAAUAGGACUUUUCCUAUUCUGGAUGUUACUUGGUAAAUCACUACCUCAAAAGAUACUCUUGGGGGUCUUAUUCAUUCUUCACUAUCUCUUUUUAAAAGAAGUCAUUCCUAUUAAGUUCUCUUAUAACAAAUUAACCGAUUCAAAAUACAAACCAAUCCUCACAUUCUUUUUAUCAAUCUACCCACUCUGGGAUUGUCACAACCCACAACACAACACUGUCAUCGAAUUACCAAAACAAGACAACAACGACCAAACACAAGUCAACGACAACAAAGAAGAUCAAAAAGAUAUUAAAGACUCAAGCGAUGAUUCUUUUGAUGAUGUUCAUGCAGAAGACCAGGAGAUAACACCAAUACAGAACACUCAAGCGAACAAAACAAAUCCAAACAGUAAUGAAGAACAGUGA